AAGCUGCCCUGCGUCUGACGUCAGUGCGCAAGAGAGAGAGGAGGCGAUGAGAGGAAGCUGCAAUAAACACACAGGGCGUCUGCGCCUAUCUAAGUAGGACAAUAAAGUGAAAACGGCAUCAAUGCUCUAACAAUGGAUUUAUCAGAUAUGCUUCUUCUUAAAGUUUUCCUCUUCGUGUACUUACUAAACUACACCCAAGGACACUACAGAAAUCCCUUAAACAAAUACAUCCGUCACUAUGAAGGCCUGUCCUACGACACAGAGCUUGUGCACAGCAAGCAUCAGAGGGCCAAGAGGGCACUCUCUCAUGAAGACAAGUUCCUCCAUUUAGAUUUUCAUGCCCAUGGAAGGCAUUUUAAUUUAAGAAUGAAGAGGGAUACCACCUUGUUUGCCCAAGAUUUAAAGCUAGAAGUUUCAGGAGAAGAGAUUCCAUAUGAUACCUCUCAUAUCUACACUGGAGAAAUCUAUGGUGAGAAAGGUACCCUGACUCAUGGCUCCAUUGUGGAUGGUAAGUUUGAAGGCUUCAUUCAGAGCUACCAUGGCACAUACUAUGUGGAGCCUGCUGAGAGAUACCUGGAGGGCAAAGAUGUGCCCUUCCACUCCGUCAUCUACCACGAGGACGAUAUACACUAUCCGCACAAGUAUGGCCCAGAGGGAGGCUGUGCUGAUAGCUCAGUGUUUGAGAGGAUGAAGAAGUACCAAGCCUCUGCUGUUGAGGAACCACCCAAGGAGCUCCACACUGAGGCAGGCUCCAAUGACCCUGUGCUGCUGAGGAAGAAGAGAAUGGCUCAGGCUGAGAAGAACACCUGCCAGCUUUUCAUUCAGACCGACCACCUCUUCUACAAGUACUACAAGACCAGAGAGGCUGUAAUUGCUCAGAUCUCCAGUCAUGUCAAGGCCAUUGAUGCCAUCUAUCAGGGCACAGACUUCAUGGGCAUUCGCAACAUCAGCUUCAUGGUGAAAAGGAUCAGGAUAAACACCACCAAUGAUGAGAGGGACAGGUCCAACCCGUUCCGCUUUGCCAACAUUGGUGUGGAGAAGUUCCUGGAGCUUAACUCUGAGCAGAACCAUGACGACUACUGCUUGGCUUAUGUUUUCACCGACAGAGACUUUGAUGAUGGAGUGUUGGGUUUGGCCUGGGUGGGGGCCCCCUCAGGGAGCUCCGGAGGCAUCUGUGAAAAAAGCAAGCUGUACUCAGACGGAAAAAAGAAGUCUCUCAACACUGGUAUAAUCACAGUACAGAACUAUGCCUCCCACGUACCUCCAAAAGUCUCCCAUAUCACUUUUGCACAUGAAGUAGGACACAACUUUGGCUCCCCGCAUGACUCUGGAUCUGAGUGCACCCCAGGAGAAUCCAAGAGCCAAGACAAGAAGGAGAAGGGCAAUUAUAUCAUGUAUGCAAGAGCUACAUCGGGAGACAAGCUCAACAACAAUAAGUUCUCCAUCUGUAGUGUUCGUAACAUCAGUCAGGUGCUGGAAAAAAAGAGGAGCAACUGCUUUGUUGAGUCUGGCCAGCCCAUCUGUGGUAACGGCCUGGUGGAGCCCGGAGAGGAGUGUGACUGUGGCUACAGCGAUCAGUGCAGGGACCAGUGUUGCUAUGAUGCCAAUCAGCCUGACAACAAGAAGUGCAAAUUAAAGCCCAACAGAGUCUGCAGUCCCAGCCAGGGUCCUUGUUGUACUGCCGAGUGCACUCAUAAGGGUCGCAAUGACAAGUGCAGAGAGGAGUCAGAGUGUGCUCACCAGGGCAUGUGUAACGGAGUCAGUGCCCAAUGCCCCACAUCUGAGCCCAAGGCCAACUUCACCGCCUGCCACGGAGAGACUCAAGUCUGCCUCAACGGGGGCUGCUCUGGCUCCAUCUGUGAGAAGUAUGGGCUUGAGGCGUGCACCUGUGCCAGCCAAGAUGGCAAGGAUGAGACUGAGCUUUGCCACGUAUGCUGCAUGGAGAAGAUGAAUCCCAACACAUGCAGCAGCACCGGAUCAGAGCGCCUGGCUCGUUUCUUCAAUAAGAAGGUGACCACGCUGCCUGCCGGCUCGCCUUGCAACGACUUCAAGGGCUACUGUGACGUGUUCAUGAAGUGCCGUCUGGUUGAUGCAGACGGACCCCUUGCCAGGCUAAAGAAGGCUAUCUUCAACCCAGAGCUCUAUGAGAACAUUGCAGAGUGGAUUGUGGCCCAUUGGUGGGCAGUGUUGUUGAUGGGUAUCGCCCUCAUCAUGCUCAUGGCUGGCUUCAUUAAGAUCUGUAGUGUGCACACACCGAGCAGUAACCCCAAACUCCCCCCUCCUAAACCACUUCCAGGUACUUUGAAGAGGCGGCGAGCACAGCAGCAUGCUAGUUCCCAGGUGCAGCACCAGUCUCAGCACCCGCACUCCCACCAGCACGGCGGCCACGGAGGGCACGGCGGCCAUGGAGGACACGGGGGCCAGCGGCAAGCCCAGAGGCAGCCUCAGCGGCAGGCGCAGCCCCAGAGGCACCACCGUCAGCCCAGAGAGAACUAUCAGAUGGGCCAGAUGAGACGCUGAGACCCCCGCACCUCGUCCCCCCACCUUCCCCCCAAUGCCUUGGCUCCUCCUUGUGCCUACAGUGGGAAACAAAAGCGUCACUCCAUCCAAAGAAAAGCCUGACAUGGUUGUUAGUCACCAUCAUAUCCUCCAUCUACAGACAAAAACAGACACGUGGAAAAGAGAAAAACACUAUCUAGCAACUUAAUUGGCUCUUUGUGGAGUGGACUCGACCAUCAGCCAUUUCCAAUGCAGUGCGAUCUAGCAUCUUUUUCCACCUUUUUUUUUUUUUUUCUUUUUCUUUUUUUCUUUCUUCUUUUUUUUUUUUUUUUUUUUUUGAAGGAGUGCCAAGGAGUUAAGGAAUCAUCUGUAGCUUUAGUACAUUCUGUGAUGUGUUUUUUUUGUUCUAUUGCAAUGUCUUCUUGAGUGACACACCCGUGGCUGCUGGUGAAUUGUUCCGUGCUUUUCUUUUCGCCAUUCAAGCCAGAAAUGAGAGACACUCAGAGGGGAUUUUGCGGCACUUUUGUGAUUUACACAUGUCAUAAUGGCAAAAGACACAGGCUCCGGUCUCUCGUGCAGACAGUCCUUUCUGCAUGUGACUGUACAUAUUUAGUGUAUCAUAAGUGAAAACAAACUAUUUCUUCUACUGUAAAUGUGUAAUUCUUCACUUUUUUUCUUUUAUUUUUUGGUUAGUGCUCUCAGGACUCUUAACACAUAAAUGAAGGAAUGAUGGUCGUGAGGAGUUCCUUGGACGUUGCGGUUGAGGAUUCGAGGCCAUUGAGUUCUCUUCGUCAGUCGUCCAGUCAGGUGGAUCUCUUUCACUUUUAGACUGCUAGGUUUCAAAUUUGAACAAGGUCACCAUAUCCCACAUUUUAGGCCUUCUUUGUUCAAGGUCCCUUUUUCUUCAUUUUUUUUUUUUUAUUGUCUCGCUAACAUCAUGUUUUUCUCAUGUUGCGUAACAAGCUAGAUGAGGUACAGAGUCAUGGGAACAGAAAGGGAAGAUCACCUAGUUUGGUACACCUUUUAAUUGUCUUUACUGAUUUGUUUUUGAUAAUGAAGAACGAAUAACCACUAACUGAAGCUUAUGAUGAUUCUACCUGUUCAGAUAUGAAAACAAGGGAAAGUGAAGGAUGCUGUGGCUUAGUUUAGAAAUGAGAGUGUAUCAUGUUACAGAGUUAGUUUACAUGAGUGUGGAAAUAAAUUUAAAAAUGACUCCGGUGUGGAUGUACAAAAAAAAUAUGUAAGAUUAAAUCAUUCUAUUAUUCUUCAAGAUAGCGAAUCUUAAGGACUUUUCAAUGUGGGCAUGCAGACACAUUUAUUAAAUGUGACUAUUAAUUGACCAAGGUCUGUAAUAUUUGUAUGUCACUCAACACUAUUUACUUUGACAGCUAUUAAUGUUAGUCUUAAAACAAGUGGAAGGAGCGGUGUAACGCGACAGUAUUGUCAACACUAUUCACUAACACGUUCUUCAGUGUGUUCACUAGUUUCACAGGAGACAAGCGGCUGUUCGUUUUGUUUUCUGCAAUUUCUCCUCUGGUCAGAUCACAUCAUGGACUGAAUCCCCUUAAGAGCUCAUGAGUGCAGGCCUCAGUGUGAGUUUACAUCAGCGUGCCAUAAACCUUUAUAAAGCUGAUCUUUGUGCACAGGUUUAAUAAAACACAGGAAGCACCUGUAGAAGGUUUCUGGAGCCACUUUAGAUGGAAGAAAUGAAGGACAUGAGAUUGUUUUUGUGGGGAUUGUUUCACCUCAGGUGUUUUUUUUUUCCCCUCACACUGCAGCAAAGCAUGAGGGACGUUUUGAAAAAUGACAUCACUAAACGAGAGGAUUUGAUAAAUCUGGUCAUGAUGUAUUAUGCAAAAUCCCAUGAUUUAUUUAUGAUGCAAACAUUUUACCCACCAAAAGAGUUCAGCAGGGGGGAACGAUUUGCACAGACAAAUAAAGUGCAGGAUUUUGCAUUAUAUAUUCAGCAAAGGAUGUUUUUUUUCUGCUCUGACUUUCUUUUAUCGUGGCAUUGUUUUUAAAUGCAUGCAAUACUAGUCUCAACUAAUAUCUAACAACACUGUCCUGAUGGUCGUAAUAAUCACACCUGUGCUCUGGAGGGGACAUUAAAAAGAAAUGUGUCUCACGGUCAACAAUUUACUUCACAUGGCAGAUGAAUUGGGCAGGUCAGCAGUUGCUACAACUUCUCGUGUCUGUACAAAAAUGGAGCUCUUUUUAAAUUUCAUCGUCUAGGCCCCUGAUCACACCUGUUGGGCCUGAAGAAUUUACAUGUAAACUUGUACAGUACUUCGAAAAUUUGCAUUUCAUUUGAAAAUGAAAAUUACAUUUUGAUACAUCUGUUUCAUUUUUUGUAUUCUAAUUCCAGAGUAAGUUGUUCAAAGAUGUUCAUAUGUGACAAACUUUCCUCUCCUCUAAGUUAUUUAUGUUCUUAUAUGUGCUAGUUGAACUGGAGUUUGCUUAUGAUACUUUUCUCCACCAUCAUCAAUGGUAAAAACAAGUUCAGUGUGAUGGAGUUAAUGUUACAUUCUCAUUUUUGUCUUCGUUAUCCUGUGGCAUGGUUUGGGUAGAAGAGCAGAAGAAUAAUGCCUGUAAAAUUUACUUUCUUUUUAAUUUCGUAGUCUUGGUAAAGUUUUUAGAUAAACGUGCACUGAAAAUGUCCAAAUUGAGUUGAAAUGUUGUAGGUGAUGUAGGCCGAAAGAACACAAGAUUAAAAAGUAAUACUACUGUCUGAUUUUAAUGUUCACUGUGUUUUAUACAGUAUCGGAAAUUUUUGUUCACUUUGAACAUUUUUACUAAAAAAAAAAAAUUUCAAAUUGUAUUGUGCAAAGAGAUGUAAUUUUUGGAGUACUUGAAAUGCAUUAAUUAAAAGACUCGUUCAAAAUAAAAUAGACCCCUGUUUACUGUC